AAUGAGUCCUGUACAGGAAGAGUUCGAAGAAGCGUACUGGACUCGUGAAGUUCAUGAUGUAAAGAAGUUUUGCUCAAAUGUUAUGUAUAUUCCUGCAGAAAUAGUAGAGAAAUGUGGGCUUGCUGGAAUGUCAGAGAUUACCCUCAAUGAUGUGGACAACGGGUACCCAUAUGAGUGCAAUGUGAAGAAGAGGCCAAAAAAAAAUGAAACAUAUUUGUAUGGAGAAUGGUUUGACUAUGUAAGGGCAGCGGAACUGAAAGUAGGUGAUAAAGUGCACUUUGUGAUUUAUUACCCGCCGGUGUUAGAUAUUAUGUGUAAGCUGCGAAUUUCUGAAAAGAUGGAAGGAAGAGUUGAUCAAGCAGUGAGAGGUGAAGAAAACUCGGUCAACCAAAUGGCUGUGGGGAAAGCUGUCACCACUGAUAACUCUGUGUAUGUUUGA